AGCAGGGGGAGUUAGCGGAGCUCUGUUCAGCUGUUGUGGACGAAGAUGGCGGCGUGUAGACGUGUUCAGCUGCUGCUCCUCAUGUCGCUCUUUCUUCUCUCCGUAAAGGCUCUUAAACCUCCGCAAAGCCUCGGGAAUGUCCAUCCUCCGGCCUUGGCCAUGCACCAGCAGCUGAGAGUCGCGGCUCCGAAUCCCGGGAAAAACGCCGCCGCUGCUGCAGUGUCCUCCGGCUCUCAGUCCAGGAGAUCCACCGGCUGGAAGCUGGCAGAAGAGCAGGCCUGCCGGGGCGACGUGACCCGACUCUGUCCCAAACACACCUGGACUAAUAACCUGUCCGUACUGGAAUGCCUGCAGGACAAGAAGGAGGAGACUGAGAUUGCUGCCGACUGUAACCAUUUGUUGUGGAACUACAAGCUGAAUCUCACUACAGAUGCCAAGUUUGAGGCUGUGGCACUGGAAGUGUGCACAAGCACCAUGUUAGAGUUGAAAGAGUGUGCCGAUGAGGAGAGGGGGAAAGGCUAUCUGAUGUCCUGCCUGGUGGAUCACCGCAGCAACAUCACGGAACGCCAGUGCCAUCAAUACAUCACCAAGAUGAUCACCAUCAUCUUCAGUGACUAUCGGCUUAUUUGUGGCUUCAUGGACAAAUGCAGAGAAGACAUCAAUACCUUGCAGUGUGGAAGCAUCAGCGUUGGAGAAAAAGAUCUGCACUCUCAAGGUGAGGUGAUCGCGUGUCUGGAGAGAGCUGUGGUGAGAGAGGCAGAGCAGCCGGAAAAGUCCCAUCAAAUCAAGGACGACUGUAAGAAGGCCAUCAUGAGGGUUGCUGAAUUGUCAGCAGAUGAUUUCCACCUCGACCGCUACCUCUACUUCUCCUGCCGAGACGACCGGGAACGCUUUUGUGAAAAUACCCAAGUGGGAGAGGGCAGAGUGUACAAGUGUCUGUUCAAUCAUAAAUUUGAAGAAGCAAUGUCAGAAAAGUGCAGAAACGCCCUGACCACUCGGCAGAAGCUCAUUGCCCAGGAUUAUAAGGUCAGUUACUCCCUCGCCAAGGCCUGUAAGGCUGAUCUACGCAAAUACCACUGUAACCCGGACACCAGCAUGCCCCGGGCCAGAGAGGCCAGACUCUCCUACCUCCUGCUUUGCCUGGAGUCUGCAGUUCACAGAGGCCGUACAGUGACCGGAGACUGUCAGGGUGAGAUGGUGGACUACAGACGGAUGCUGAUGGAGGAUUUCUCGCUGAGUCCAGAGAUCGUGUUGCACUGUCGAGGAGAGAUCGAGGCACACUGCUCCGGACUGCACCGCAAGGGCAGAACACUCCACUGUCUCAUGAGAGUGACCCGCGGAGACAAGGGCAUGGUGGAUAUCCUCUGCCAGACAGCCCUCCAGACUCUAAUCCAAUCAGUAGACCCUGGCGCUGAUUACCGGAUCGAUCGAGCUUUGAAUGAAGCCUGUGAGUCUGUGAUACAGACGGCCUGCAAACAAAUCCGCAGCGGAGACCCAAUGAUUCUCUCGUGUCUAAUGGAGCACCUGUAUACCGAUAAGAUGGUCCAGGACUGUGAACAUCGACUGCUGGAGCUCCAGUACUUCAUCUCAAGAGACUGGAAACUUGAUCCUAUCUUAUAUCGUAAAUGUCAGAAUGAUGCGUCCAGACUCUGCCACACACCGGGCUGGAAUGAGAGCAGUGAGCUGAUGCCUCCCAGUGCUGUGUUUUCCUGCUUGUACCGACACGCCUACCGGACAGAAGAGCAGGGCAGAAGGCUCACACGAGACUGUAAGGUAGAAGUCCAGAGAAUUCUUCAUCAGAGAGCUCUAGAUGUGAAGCUGGACCCAGAGCUACAGAAACGCUGCAUGACCGACCUGGGAAAAUGGUGUAGUGAGAAGACUGACACUGGACAGGAGCUGGAGUGUUUGCAGGACCAUCUAGAAGAUCUGGUGGCAAACUGCAGAGAUGUGGUGGGCAACAUGACUGAAUUGGAAUCUGAGGACAUUCAGAUUGAAGCCCUGCUGAUUCGAGCCUGUGAACCUGUCAUCCAGAACCACUGCCACGAUGUAGCUGAGAAUCAGAUAGACACAGGGAAUCUUUUGGAAUGCCUAGUACAGAACAAACAUCAACGAGAAAUGAAUGAUAAAUGUGCUGUUGGUGUAACUCACUUCCAGCUGGUUCAGAUGAAGGACUUCCGUUUCUCCUACAAGUUCAAAAUGGCCUGUAAGGAGGACGUACUCAAACUCUGCCCUAACAUUAAGAAGAAGUCGGAUGUGGUCAUCUGUUUGAGCACCACGGUGAGAAACGACACUCUGCAGGACGUGAAAGAUCAGCGAGUGUCUUUGAAAUGCCGGAAACAGCUGAGAGUGGAAGAGCUGGAGAUGUCGGAAGACAUUCGAUUGGAACCUGAGCUGCAUGACGCAUGCAAGAAGGAUAUCAACAAGCUUUGUUCCUCUGUUGCCAAUGGCAAUGCUCAGAUCAUUGAGUGCCUGAAGGAGAACAAGAAGCAGCUGUCUCAGGUGUGUCACCAGAAGAUCUUUAAAUUGCAGGAAACCGAAAUGAUUGACCCUGAACUGGAUUACCAGCUAAUGAGAGUGUGUAAGCAGAUGAUAAAGCGUUUUUGCACAGAGUCAGAUGCCAAGAACAUGUUGCAGUGUCUAAAGCAGAAUAAGAACAGUGAGCUGAUGGAUCCCAAGUGUAAGCAGAUGAUCACAAAAAGACAGAUAACUCAGAACACAGACUACAGACUGAACCCAGUGUUGAGGAAGGCUUGUAAAGCAGACAUCCCCAAGUUCUGUCAGAAUAUUCUCAACAAAGCCAGUGAUGCCAAUGAACUGGAGGGUCAAGUGAUAUCCUGCCUUAAACUCAAGUAUGCAGACCAGCGUCUGUCUUCAGACUGUGAGGAUCAGAUUAGAGUCAUUCUUCAGGAGUCUGCGCUCGACUACCGACUGGAUCCACAGCUUCAAGCUCACUGCAGUAAUGAGAUCUCGCGUCUGUGUGCAGAGGAAGCGACGGCACAGGAGCAGACGGGUCAAGUGGAGGAGUGUUUGAAAAACAACCUGCUGAAGAUUAAACAAGAGGAGUGCAAAACGGAGGUGUUGAACAUGCUUAAAGAAAGCAAAGCAGACAUUUUCGUGGAUCCUGUCCUACACACGGCCUGCGCGCUGGAUUUGAAACAUCACUGUGCUGCCAUUACCCCCGGCAGAGGCAGACAAAUGUCAUGUUUGAUGGAAGCUCUACAGGACAAGCAGGUGCGUCUGCAGCCUGAAUGUAAGAGAAGAUUACAGGACCGUGUUGACAUGUGGAGUUAUGCAGCUAAGGUGGCCCCAGCCGAAGGUUUCUCAGAUCUCGCCUUGCAAGUGAUGACGUCACCCUCGAAGAAUUACAUCCUGCUCGUGAUCGCGCUGGCUGUGUCCAUCCUCUUCUUCAUUGGGCUACUGUGUGGCCGCAUCACCAAACACGUGACCAGAGAACUUAAAGACAGUUGUUCUCUGUACUUAUACAGUACCUACUGAGACUUUAAGUCCUGUCAGUGGACCUUCUUUGGGCUGGUUUUCCAUGUUUGGAACCCACUGUAGCCAAACGCAGCCACUAAAACCCAUCCGAAUACAAAUGCUGAAUUUCUGAAACACUCCUAAGACAAGAUCAAGAUCGUUUUGGGACAUUAUGCCUUGAUUACGUAUUAUAGUAAAUGUUUUAUUUUUUGUUUUGAUUAUGAGAGUGAUGGCCUUAACUUCCUGACUGUAAAAGGGUCAUUUGUCAAUGCAGUAUUUUUACCAUGGCUACUUUUCCUAUUAUUUUUGAGAAUGUUUGCUCAUAGAUAGGGCUUUAACAGCGGCUUACAUGAACAUUCAGAAGCCAUCUUUUAUGUUUUUUGUUUUGUGGAUCAUCACUUCAGUUUUGGGGGGUUUUAAAUUAUAAGGUGGUGUCCACUUUGGGUGGGAUUCAUAUUUGGGUGUAGUUUAUCAUCGUGCGAUGUUUUGGCAAUUGGGAGAAAAGAUGGUUUUCCAAUCUGAAAUGAGGAAUGACAGUCUCCUAUGAUCCUGAUACAUUAAACGGUGAUCUUAAUCAUCAGGUCAAAGACAUUUGUCAUCGAACUAGUCUUGACUAAGGGUGAAUCUUAUGAAAACAUGUCUAGGUCAUAUUUCACCACAAAGAAAGGUUGUUUGACACUAUUUUCAUGACCAUUAUUAUGCACAAUACACAUAAUUAUGUGCUAAUUAAUGUUUAUGUAGAAAAACAAAAUCCUACAAUGAUUUAUAAAUACUUUUUAAUUUAUUUAAUAUAUAAUUAGUGUUUCUGCAUUACAGUAAUGACGAGAAGUUGGUGCAAACUUUGAUGCAAAAUGUAUUUAAUGGUCCUUAAAAUAGGCUUAAUACUCUUUUAGCACAAUAUAAUUUAAUCAUUUUUUGGUAACACUUUACAAUAAGGUUCUAGUAAUGCAUCAGUUAUUAACUUAUAAUAAACAUUAUAUUGUAACAGCAUUUAUUAAUCUUAGUAAAUGUUCAUUUAUGUUGGCUCAUAUUUCAUUAACUAUAGUUAAAGUAUAGAACUUUUCAUUAAAUAAACGAAUACAUGUCAAAAUGAAUGUUAAAGGAAUAUUUCACCCUAAAAUGAAUAUUCUCUCAUCAUUUACUCACCUUCAUGCCAUCCCAGAUGUGUAUGACUUUCUUUCUUCUACUGAACACAAACAAAGAUUUUUAUAAGAAUUAAUGGUCCAUACAAUGCAAGUCAACAGGGUCCAGAAUUUUGAUGCUCAAAAAAAGCACAUAAAGGUAGCAUACAAGUAAUCCACUCAACUCCAGUGGUUUAAUCCAUGUCUUCAGGAGCAAUAUGAUAGGUGUGAGUGAGAAACAGAUCAAUAUUGAAGUCCUUUUUUUUUAUAUAUAAAUCUCCACUUUCACUUUCUUCUUUUGUUUUUAGCUAUUUGCAUUCUUUCUGCAUAUCGCCACCUGGUGAGCAUGGAGGAGAAUUUAUAGUUUAAAAAAAUCACAUCUUUGGCAUGAGGAUGAGUAAAUGAUGACAGAGUUUUCAUUUUGGGGUGAACUGUUCCUUUAAGUGCUGUCACAAAUAAAAUGGGAGUGGAGGUGGCGGCGUUGUGGGCUAAAGCACUAAACUGUUAAGCAGAAGGUCCUUGGUUUGAUCUCCACAGCCACCAUCAUUGUGUCCUUGAGCAAGGCACUUAACUCCAGGUUGCUCCGGGGGGAUUGUCCCUGUAAUAAGUGCACUGUAAGUCGCUUUGGAUAAAAGCGUCUGCCAAAUGCAUAAAUGUAAGUGCUAAAAAAAAGUGCUGUUAAAGUAUUGUUCCUUAUUAGUUAAUUUUAACAAAUGUUAAUGAAUAUAACCUUUAUUGGGGUAAAAUAUGACCAGGACAUCUUCGAGAUUCACCCGUUGAUCAAGCAUUAUAAAUGUUCGGUACAGGCUGGUUACAGUCUAUGUAUGAUGCAUUAGACACUAAGUGAUCACUUUAUGAAGAGUACGAAAUAUAAAUAGACCUUGACCUCUUUCACAAGGUUAAACAAUUAAGUAAAUAUGAUUGUCCAGGGCCAAGCCUCCUUCAAACAACUUUGUAAGAGUUAAAAACACAACUGUAUACCCUAUUGGAUGUAUUUUUUCAGAGGUAUUUUGAAUGUCAACAGGAUGAUUGCACUUUUUGAUGUUAUAUUUGGCCUAAGCCUUAUUUAUUGUUUACAACCUAAAUGUGCAUAGCUUGUUUUCAUAUUUGGGUGUGCAUAGACAUGCAUACGUUUUUAGAACUUAUGUUCUAUUGUUGCCUUUUAUCGUUCUCUGUUAUACCAGUGAAAGGAAUCAAUAAGUGUGCAUGGAUGUUGGGUAUACAGUUUUUUUUAUAGCUGGAGAAUAUCUUGGGAAGGCCCACUGUACCCUCAACUUCGCUUUUAGUAUGAAAAUGAAUGGCAUAUUUAAAAAAAAAAUUGCAAAGUUUCUAUGACUAUAACUGUGAUGAUAAUAUGCAUAACACACGCUGAAGGUCUGUAUUCAGUAGCAUGGACAAGCUUUUCUAAAAGGUCCUUUGCAUGCUUUAUUUACCCCUGGAUUCAUUUUUUUCUAUAUUGGUUUGUAUAGUAUAGGUGAUUCACGAAACCUGUCUGGAAAAUGUCCUGGUCAUACCCCAGAUCGUUAAAAAUAUAUGAAAUUAGGUGGGGGGGGGGGGGGUUGCAUUGUGACAUUAUGCAUUAAAACAUAUAACUUUUACUAUUUCCAUUGUGAUUCUAAUUACUGUAUUACAUUAAAAAAUAUGUGUUGUACAAUUAUUAUUUUACAAAAUCUAAAAAAAAUAAAAGGCUGGACCAAGGGAGUACUACUAUAAGAUAUAAAUUAUUUACAAUUUAAAUAAUAUAUCAUUUUUAUGGACGUAAUUAAAAUAUCAGAAUCAAAAUCUCUUAUUUUUAUGCAAUGAGUAUUGGAGAGUUAAAUGUAAAAUAAUGUCACAAUGGCCUUAAAAUAAGAUUAAUUUUCUAUUUAAUAUACUGUGUGUGUGUAUUAUUAUUAUUAUUAUUAUUUUAAUGUAUUUUUUUUUUUUUAGGAAAAACAGACCAGGACAUUUUCUUUACAGGUUUAGUAACUAGGUCAAUCUCUCAAAAACAUGUCCUGGUCAUAUUUCAUCCCAAAUGUAAAAAAAAAAAUCCAAAUAGUAUAGUACAAAAAAGACUCAAUUUUAUCCAAAAAAAAUUUUGAAAAAAAAAAAUAUAUAUAUAAUUUAUUUUGUAUUUUUUUAAGGGAAAUAUAACCUGGACAUGUUCUUGUUAUGUUUUUUGAAAUUCAACCCCUCUAUGGUCUUUUGAUUGUUUCCCCGGGAGCUGUACCACUAUAGCAGAAAUCAAAUUAGUAUAACGUCUCUUUCAGAAUGUCUGUCAUCCUUGUAUUUACAUAUUUAAAAAUAUCCCAGACCCCAAAAUUUGGGAACAGAUUUGUACAUUUCAAUUUUUUGCUAGACUUUAGCAUGAAAAACUUAAAAUUAAUUUUAGGAGGACCCAGGCGUACUGCAUACCUCUAGCAUUGGUGAUAUCAAUGAUAUUCUGUAAAUAAUAUAAAUAAUGUGCAAAUCACAGACCAUGUAAAAGCUUUCUGGUUGAUGGGAACUUGGGACAGUAACAUUAUACAGAUCAUAUGAUCAUGUUUGACUAUAUUUUGUAGAUAAGUAAAUGUAUAUUUCUCUUCAUUCAUAUUUUUACGGAGGUAAAAUGAUGGUGUUUUCAUUUAUUUGGUUCUAUUAAUUCUUUAAUGCCUUUUUAUUGGAUCUUGCUGUUGUACGUAUAAGUGGUUUAUCGUGGUAAAUUGCCACAUAGUUGAGUGCCACUGGAGUAUAAAAUUAAUAAGUACUGCAUCAAAGCAAACUUUUUAAACCUCCAACUGAGCCUGUGUUCUGUUGAUUUGGCGAUCUAGACACUGGACUCAUGUCAAUCAAGUGAUCCUUAAACAUUUUUGGAAGGGGUGCAGGAUGUCUUGUCACUGCAUGAGUGUUGCCAACUUUUGCAACUUAUUGUCACCUGAUUUUGUUUUUAAUUGCUUAUUUAAAUUGUGCACAAUUCAUAUUUGCCAGAUUUUUAAGGUUCAUAAAAAUAUUUUGGAUACUUCAUUUAGGUGAUAGACCAUUUGUGUGUAUUUGGGGGUCUCAUAAGAAAGCAUCUUUUUAGGCCACAACCAGGGGAAUCCUGAUGACAUGUUUCUAAUGAUGUUGCUUCUUGAAGUCAGUCACAACAGUCAUAAAUGCAGAGCCAAAGAUGAUCCUGCUAUUUUAAACGGCCUUUCUCUGCUCAUCCGAAAGACCCAAUGAACUGAGCGUGACUCUAACCUCUGCUAGAAGCCAGUUUUCCAUGUUUCAUCUGAAAAAUCGUUUUCAAACUAACUGCAAAUCGACUAAACCAUUGUAAAAAAAAAAAAAAAAAUGUUAUGGCUGUGAUAUUUUCUCAGUUUGCUCAUUCUGCCAUGUAAUAUUGAUGUGAUGAAUCAAAUGUUUUGUUUUGUUUAAUUCUGUACAGAUGAUGAUGAUGAUGAUGAUGAGUUAUCAGUUUAAUAAAACUGUAGAUUUUC